AGCCUUUUUUUAUUCAGUGUCAUCAACAGAAAGAGAAAAAGGCUGGAAGAGACGAUAAAGCCGAUAAUUAAAAUGACGUCAAUGGUUUUAAUUUAUCGUACGAUUGAUUGAUUUAUUGUUUAUGACAACAUGCCUAGUUGCACCCAUCUUUACUAUUUACAUUGACAAUCAUAUGAAGCAAGAUAUUUUCUACCUGUUACUCGUUAUCUCGUCUCCCCAGGUCCAUUAAUGUCGUGUGUAAAAGUGAAACCACAAAGACAACCGUCACUGCUCAACUUCACAAUCAGCCAGAAAUUAUUCAAACAAUCGAGUGCAUAAAAUCACAUCAAUAACUCAACAUUAUCAUCAGAAAGUAAAGCCACAAAGAAGAAAUGAAUUACCUUAGAAAAAUACAAAAAUAUGAACACGGGCCUUUGGAGCCCACUGUGUGUAGCAGUUAAGACGGUUCCACCCCAGUGAUCUUGUUUUAGCUCUAUUACUUUUAUAUCAAAUAUAAAAGUGAAAGUUUUUUACUGUCUGAUGCGUUCUAACAUACAGUUUAGAGGUGGACUCAAACAGCUUGUAAUGACGAGUUGCUGUUUGCAAGCCAGAGACCAUGCAGCUGUUGGGAUGAAUGCAUCGCUGUCUAAGCUAUCCUUCCUGUGCAUUUUCCCAGGGUACGAAGAACAGAUGUGUUCAUUUCAUACAGAAACAUUUUACUCAAGAAAGGGACCAAAGUUUAUCAACUAUCUGUGUUUCAUCCCUUCAAACUGGUUCCUGAACCACACAGAGCUCUCCUGACCUCUGACCCAGUGCAUCAAACAGCAGAUUUGAUUGUAAAAAUUAGCACACAUUUCAUAUAAUAUCUUCAAACUCUUGUAAAACAGACAUGAGCAGUUUCAGGACUAAGACAUCUAUCACACUUAAUAAUCAUCAUUAAAAUUAGCAUAAUUAAACUAAUAUUUCUAAUAACAGGCAACCAAAAAAUAAUUUGGUUGCCUGAAAUAGAGUUCUGUUUCCAAAAAACAGAACUCGUUAUGUAAAUAGUUUCCCUAGAUUCUUAAAACUUUAAUUCCAGAAAUGGAAAAUAUUUGAAAUGCUUUGCAACAGAAGGAAGGCCAUCUACUUGUUGAAAUGCUUAUUUUUCGUAUAUUUUACAAAUAAAAAAUAUUCAGUUGUGGAAACAAGCAGACAGUGUCAUAUCUGUGAUUUUACUACUGCAAAAUAAAACGGUUUUCUAAAGUCUAGAUUGACGAAAAAUCAACACUUUUUAGGUCCCAAUGUGACAUGUCUCCCCCUAUCGGGAGCUUUCCGGUACUGCUCUCAUUCGCUUGCCCAAUUUAGUCUCUCCCUGUCAGCUCUGUGGAAUGUGCGAUGCACAUUAUGCAGACACCGAGAGAAGGUCCAACCUGCGGUCACUAGAAGCGCUCCGGUCCGCUUGCAGAAAGUGCUCUUCUGUCUUCGCCCUGAACAUACUCGCCCCAUCCUGGUCCUCUGGCUGAAGCUCCAUCAGGAUGUCUACACCUGACUCAACCUCCCUCCUCACCAUGCUGCCCACAUUAACCUCACCCACUCCAGAGGUUCCAGCUGUGGAGGCCAACACCACCUCCUGCCAUCAGUGGGAGCAGGUCCAUCACAUGCUGUUCCAUCUGGGGAACCUGUCCCUGCUGCUGGGCCUGCUCAUUCCCACCACCCUGGGGCUGCACAUGAUUCUGCUGCGCCUCCUCCUGAUGACAGGAUGCAGUCUUUUCAUUGCUUGGGCCACUUUGUAUCGUUGCAACCUUGAUGUGAUGGUUUGGAACGUGGUGUUCUUGGUGGUCAACUUCAUGCACUUAUUCUUUCUCCUGUAUAAGCGCAGGCCGAUUAAGAUUGACAGGGAGCUGCGGACUGUCUACAAGCGGAUGUUUGAGCCUCUCCAUGUGCAGGAGGCUUUGUUUCAGAGGCUCACAGGACAGUUUUGCACCAUCCAGACUCUGAAGAAAGGCCAAGCAUAUGCUGCUGAGGACAAGACCUCCGUGGACGAACGCCUCAGUAUCCUACUCAAAGGAAAAAUGAAGGUGUCAUAUCGAGGUCAUUUCCUCCACAACAUCUAUACCAAUUCAUUCAUCGAUUCUCCGGAGUUCAGGUCUACUGAGAUGCACAGAGGGGAGAAGUUCCAGGUGACAAUAGUGGCAGAGGAGAACUGCAAGUUCCUGUGUUGGUCUCGAGAACGGCUCACUUACUUCCUAGAAUCAGACACUUUCCUGAAUGAGGUGUUCAAGUACCUCAUUGGCAAGGACAUCACCAACAAACUGUACACUCUAAAUGAUCCCACACUCAGCGAUAAGGCAGUGAAAAAGAUGGACCGUCAGCCCAGCCUGUGCUCUCAGCUUUCUAUGAUGCAGAUGAGGAACAGCAUGGCGAGCACUAGUGACACAGAUGAUGUUCUUAACCAGAUCCUACGAGGAGGAUCUGCUGGAUCAUCUCUUCAAAAAUCCCCUGAAACCAAAUCUUCGACUAAGAUGAGGCCUAUAGAGGAAGGCAUGGAGGACGAUGUUUUUGAAGAAUCUGUGUCCUCUCUGCAGCAGCACACAGCUUCCACCAAAGAAGUGUAGGGAUCAGGUGAAGAUCAACUAGCAACACAAGUAUUUUAUCACCUCCUUUAGAGCCUGACUACUUUACUGAUACCUGCCAGUUCCAGUAAACAGAGAAAGUGUUCAAGUGUUCAUUUGUAAGCACCCUUUAUACACAAUGUUUGUUCAUUAGAAAGCAUGAGUUUUAUUUUCCUUUGUACCUUUUCAGUGUUAUGUUGUUUAAAAAAUAAUCUUUGCAAAAAUAUGUAUUUCUUGCAAAAUCAAGACAACUUCUUGGUUUGAGGGAAUUUAUGUGAAAUAUUAUCAGAGAAUACAAAUGUUUGUCACUAGGUCUUUGUUUUUAAGACUUUACUAAAUCAUGUAUUUUAUUGUAGCUGUUUUUCCUUAUGCUUCAGAGGUUUAUUAUAUUCUGCUACUUUUCUAUUUUUUCAGCUUUGGCACCUGCUGUCAUUGUUCCCUUUUCAAUCACUGCUGUAGUACGUCACAUUUUUGUCACCUGCCAUCUAUUCUGUAUUUUCCUGCUAAGUCAGAUAACAGUGCCCUCUUGUGUUCAUUUGAUUAAAUACAUGACUGAAUCAUUUCAGAAAUAUACUGUGUUGAAGCAUAACUGUCAGAAAUGAUCACUGUUACUAACAAUUGUAAAUCUAUGAAUAAAUAAAUGUUUAAAAAUA